AUGGCAUCGGCAAGCUCAGAACUAUCACGGCUGGCCAAUCUUACGCCACGGUCUAUUUCCGGGUCGUCCUCGACAUCUUCCUCCACAACAUGUCCGCCCAGAAACACGUCACGUCCCAGCACAGCAGGCUCCAACUCGUCCAUACGCUCGCGACAUUACUCGGCCGACCAGUUUGAGCUGCUGGAGGAGCUGGGCUCGGGCUCUUUUGGAGUCGUGUACAAGGCCAUCGACAAGGUGAGCGGGCAGAUUGUUGCGGUCAAAAAAAUCGACCUGGAGUCGUCAGAAGACGACAUUGAGGAGAUUCAGAAGGAAAUUGCAAUUCUAUCGGGCUGCCAAGACGAACACAUCACAACCUACUAUGGCUGUUUUGUCAGGGGAUACAAGCUGUGGAUCAUCAUGGAGUACUUGGCUGGAGGAUCGGGUCUGGACUUGCUGAAACCAGGCAUCUUUCAUGAACCCGAAAUUGCAGUCAUGUGCCGUGAGCUGCUGGAGGGACUCAUUUAUCUCCAUGACAAUGGCAAGAUCCACAGAGACGUCAAGGCGGCGAACGUGCUUGUGUCGUCAGAAGGCUCUGUCAAGCUGGCGGACUUUGGAGUGGCCACACAGCUGAGUAAUAACAUGAGCAGACGAAACACGUUUGUGGGCACGCCGUUCUGGAUGGCACCCGAGGUCAUCAGACAGGAGGACUACGACACCAAGGCGGAUAUCUGGUCGUUGGGAAUCACGGCCAUUGAGUUUGCCAAGGGAGAACCUCCUUUGAGUGAAUACCAUCCAAUGAAGGUGCUGUUUCUGAUCCCCAAAGCCGAGCCGCCUACUGUUCCUGCUGGAGGCAACUGGUCUGCAGAUUUUCGAGAUUUUGUGGCAUGUUGUUUGCGCAAGAACCCCGCUGAACGACCUUCUGGAAGACAGCUUCUGAAACAUCGGUUCAUCCGCAAGGCUGGAAAGACGAGCCAGCUCAAACUGCUGGUUGACAGACGGGAACGGUGGAUGGAGCGACAUCGAAAAACGAAGCCCAAGAAGAUGGCUGUGGAGACGGUCGUCAGCAUGGACCAGGUGGAGGAAGAAGACUCGUGGGACUUUGGUACCGUCAAGAUGGAGACGUACUUGGACAAGUCCAUGGACAGCAGUUCCAGCACAAUCAAUCCCGCUGUACUUCGACAACUGACCAUUAGUGAGAACAAUGCACCGGAAGUGACAUUAAAGAACCCUUUGCGAAAAGUGUUCAUGUCUUCCGAGUCGCUUGGCAACAGUGUCAAGUCGGUCUCUUCUGUUUCUACGGCUGCUGAUGGAGACACAAUCAAGGCAGGUCCUCCAAAUGUGCACGCUCUGGUGCGGCAAUGCAUAGAAGAGACGUACAUGGAGAUUGGUGGUGAAUCAGCUACUAACACGCAACAGCAUGCGAUGCGACGAUUUGCCAAGGGCUGGAACACGCUGGAGCAGGUGGACUCUAAGGCAGAAUUCUUCUUCGUCAAGCAGCUGUUUAACCAGAUUAUCAAGAACCCCAAGUUGGUGGAGCAGAUGACCAACAAACGAACCAGCAAGCGGAUUAGUGUGGGACAGCAGAAGGAGCGAAAGAGGGAUCAGGUGGAGGAGUUGAUGUUAGGACGGUGGAUCGAGGAGUUCGAAGAGUACGAUCGUUACUAG